UAUUUCAGACAGCUGCUUGUGUGCGACGGCGAAUAGGUAAUGUGUGACCCUCGUCAUUGGUUGGUGUGUAGGCAAGAAAUGAUGACGUACUUCACAACCAUGUGCGCGCAGUUCAGAAUUUGAGAAAGACGAAAAUGGCUGACGAACAAAUGGAGGCUACACCCAGCAGCAGCAGCGGCACCACCAAUGGCCCAGCCGACCCCGCGGGCCCCGCCCUCCCAGCGGAGGACAUGACCUCCAAAGAUUACUACUUUGACUCCUACGCACAUUUCGGCAUCCAUGAGGAAAUGUUGAAAGAUGAAGUGCGAACCUUGACGUACAGAAACUCCAUGUAUUACAACAAGCACCUAUUCAAGGGAAAGACAGUCCUGGAUGUUGGAUGUGGAACAGGGAUCCUCUGUAUGUUCGCAGCCAAGGCUGGUGCUGCCAAGGUCAUCGGCAUUGAGUGCUCAAACAUCAUUGAGUAUGCAGAGAAGAUAGUGAAAGCCAAUCACCUUGACAACGUUGUCUCCCUUGUACGAGGCAAGGUGGAGGAGGUCGUGCUUCCCGAUGGUAUAGAAAAGGUGGACAUCAUCAUCAGUGAAUGGAUGGGCUACUGCCUCUUCUACGAGUCCAUGCUCAAGACGGUCAUCUUCGCCAGAGACAAGUGGCUGGCACCAGGGGGUUUGAUCUUCCCUGACAGGGCGACACUAUACAUCACAGGAAUCGAGGACCGUCAGUACAAGGAUGAGAAGAUUAACUGGUGGGACAAUGUCUAUGGAUUUGACAUGAGUGUCAUACGAAGUGUAGCAAUCUCAGAACCCCUGGUGGACGUGGUGGAUCCAAAACAAGUUGUCUCCAAUUCUUGUCUUAUAAAGGAAGUUGACAUCUACACAGUAACAGAGGAUGACAUGACCUUCACCUCACCGUUCCACUUGCAAUGUCGGCGUAAUGACUACUGUCAUGCAUUGGUCACUUUCUUUAACAUGGAGUUCACAAAAUGCCACAAGCGAACAGGUUUCUCCACAGCACCCGAGGCGCCGUAUACCCACUGGAAGCAGACCGUGUUCUACCUGGGUGAGAACGACCUCACUAUAAAGAAGGGAGAGGAGAUCUACGGAACGUUUUCCAUGACACCAAACAAAAGCAACAAUAGAGAUCUUGACUUUGUGGUUGACGUAGACUUCAAGGGUGAACUGUCCGAAAUGAGCGACACAUUAAAAUACAAGAUGCGCUAGGUAUUUUAAGUAAAGGUCUGGUUUAGAAGCUGCUGAUGCUGCCUGAGAGGAGAGGAGUGAAGUGAAGUGGGAGAAGCUAUGAAAUUGGAACCCUACGAUGAUGAUAUAGACUCUGUUAUCCGUGUGUUCCUACUGCUGUGGUGCAAACAGUGAUGGACGUUGCUUGAGACGUGCCUCCUGAUUUUGGAGCUCGACAUCAAGCAUUGCAUUACUCGACAGAUACCUGUGAUGUCAUGGAGCGUGAUUUUACAGCUAUACCUGUCAGAAUACUUAUUAUUUUUGUGUAGGAAUUACAUUGAAAUGUUCGUGAAUGUGUCUUGGUGGUAUUUGUACUUGAAAUCAUGCUUCAGCCGAAACUAAAAAACAUUGGGAACUGAAAUGGUGUCCCUUAUAAUGACAUAAUCAAAUGUGCUUUCAAUCAUGUUCAUUUGGGAGACUCAUUGUGUUUUCAUAUCCUUAAAUUCUGGGACUUGAGGGAAACUGCUUAAGUGGCAGCAUGAGUUGUCGCCAUUUUAAAAAGAUAGUUUUAACGAAAAUAAACUGUUUGUACAAUAAAAGGUUUUUUCUUGUCAGCAUUAAGAAACGAAAAAUAUAUCUAUUUGUAUAUGUUUAGUAUUUUAAGCAUUUAUAUGUCGCCAUCAUCUCAUUUGAUGCUCAUUGUCCACACUGUUGCCAUGGUAACUCACUGGGGAGAGUAUAAAUGUUUUAAGCUAAUUUUCAAGUAAAAUAUUCGUUGGUAUUUGGGGUUACAAAAUGAAGUCAACAUGUGUCUUUCAUAUUCAGAUGUUGACAAACUAUCUGUACCUUUUUACUGAAUGUUUAUUUGGCAAUAUGGUUAUGACACUGUCCCUAUCAUAUCUUGGCAACAGUAUCAAGCAUGUCACUACUUUCCUGAUUUCUCAAAAUAUUUAUCACUGUAGGCAACAAUAAAGAAAUGUCACUUGUUAUGCUUA